AUGCCCUUUAUGGCGAAUGACAACCAAAAUCAAGUCUUGGAAGAACAAACAGCAAUUGCAGAUGAUAAGUCUGUAAAGCGAGUGCGUAAAACCAAGCCGAAGACCAAUGAAAACGGUACUACAGCAAGUCUAUUCGGUAUCGAGCCUUAUCAGCCAAAGAAAAAUGAAGAAUACAUGUCUGAGGGGCAACUCGAACAUUUUCGUAAAAUUUUGCUGGCAUGGAAAGCAGAAUUGAUGUCGGAAGUGGAUCGCACCCUAAAUACAAUGCAAGAUGAAUCUUCUUCUUUACCUGAUGUAAAUGACCGUGCGACGCAAGAAGAAGAGUUUGCCAUUGAAUUACGUACCCGUGACCGUGAACGUAAACUUAUUCGUAAAAUAGAGCAAUCUAUUGAAGCGAUUAAAAAUGAUGACUAUGGUUUCUGUGAAACUUGCGGUAUCGAAAUUGGUUUACGCCGUUUAGAAGCACGACCAACUGCAACUUUAUGUAUCGACUGUAAAACCCUUGCAGAGAUCAAAGAGAAGCAAAAUAACGGGAGGAAGAGUACUGCCUACAAAGGUCGGUUUGCACCCUCCCCCACAGGGCCAUUACAUUUUGGCUCCUUAGUGACCGCUGUCGCGAGUUAUUGCGACGCUAAAGCGCAUCAUGGGCAAUGGAUCGUCCGCAUCGAAGAUACGGAUAUUCCACGUAUUUACCCAGAUAGUGAACAGCAUAUUUUAAAGUGCCUAGAUGCUUUUGGCUUCCAAUCCGAUGCUGAAAUCAUUUAUCAACAACAUCGCUUAGACAUUUAUCAAUCUGUAAUCGAACAACUCAAACAAAAACAUUUCGUUUAUGCCUGUGAAUGUACCCGUAAAAUAUUAGGCUCAAAUCAUAUCUAUGCUGGCACCUGCCGAGACAAACAGCUCGACUUUCAAGACCAAGCCAUUCGUGUAAAAGUUUCUGAUCAAAACAUUUGUUUCAAUGACCGCUUGCAAGGACAACAUUGCGCGAACUUACAACGCGAUUUGGGUGACUUUGUACUAAAGCGUCGUGAUGGCAUUAUCAAUUAUCAACUGGCAGUCGUUGUCGAUGAUUAUUUACAAGAAAUCAGCCAUGUCGUGCGUGGUGCGGAUUUAUUGGAUAAUACUGAACGUCAAAUUUGGCUAGGACAGCUUUUGGGUUAUCCCGCUCUUGAAUAUAUGCACUUACCCCUCGCCAUGAAUCAUUUGGGGCAAUCAGCCAUGUCGUGCGUGGUGCGGAUUUAUUGGAUAAUACUGAACCUUUUGGGUUAUCCCGCUCUUGAAUAUAUGCACUUACCCCUCGCCAUGAAUCAUUUGGGGCAAAAACUCUCUAAACAAAACCUUGCGCAAGCGCUUGAUCUCAAACAUGCACCUGAAUUGCUGUUACAAGCGAUUAUAGCACUUGGACAAGCUCCAGUAGACCUAGAUCAGCCAGAUCUCAUGUUGGCUCAAGCUGUCGCUCAAUGGGAUAUCUCUCGCAUUCCUCAAGGGACAACGCUACAAUCCAUUUAUCAGUAA